AUGGCAUCAUCUCGCCCCAUUCUGGACGGCGUAUUUGGCAUCCAUAAGCCGAUGGGUAUGAGUAGUGCUCAAGUAAUCCGAGACUGCCAACAUCACUUUAACCCUUCGAACUUCUUUAAGCCAAUGAUCGACGAAGAGAAGCAGAAAAGAGACAAUGAGUCUAACACGAGAAAGAAACGACGUGGAUUUGGCAAGAGGGACAUUCAAGUCAAGAUGGGACACGGUGGCACGCUUGAUCCUCUCGCUACUGGCGUGUUAAUUCUCGGUGUUGGAAAGGGCACAAAAUCCCUUCAAUCCUUUUUAGAAUGCACAAAGGAGUACGAGACUGUGGUGCUUUUCGGUGCCAGUACUGAUAGCUAUGAUCGAGUCGGCAGGAUUCUUAAGAAAACUGCCUACCAACACAUUACUCGACCCAUGGUUGAGGAGGCUCUCAGCUCUUUCCGGGGCAAGACCCAGCAGAUACCCCCUAUCUUUUCAGCCUUGAAGAUGGAUGGCAAACCCCUUUACAAAUACGCCCAAGAGGGUAAAGCAUUGCCACGAGAAAUUCAGGCUAGAGAAGUGGAAGUGACUGAGAUCGAGUUGCUUGAGUGGUAUGAACCUGGUCAACAUUCGUAUCGUUGGCCUACUGAACAGGCCACUGUUUUCGAACGUAACUUUGCGGAGGAGGUUUUUAAGAUAAAGGAACAGCAAGCGACGGCACCUAAGCUCACACCAGAGGAAAAGGAGGAGGAGACCAAGGCGCUCAAGGCGCACGAGAUUUUCAAGCGCAAGGCCGACAAGAGUGUGGACGCUCUUGUCUAUGACCAAGUCAACCACAAGCGCCAAAGGACCUCAAAAAGGAAUGACCCGCCGAUGUUAAUGUCAGGCGCUCUAGGUGACCCCCCUCCAGCACUCCCGAAGCCAGGAAAAGGUUCGAAUCUGAUCCCCGAAUCCGAUCCGAAUGCGGCCCUUCCAUGGGAGGGCAUAGGUCCACCUGCGGCGAAGAUUCGCAUGACUGUGACUUCGGGUUUCUAUGUCAGAAGUUUCUGCCACGACCUCGGCAUGAUGCUCAACUCUUCAGCGAUGAUGGCAGAGCUCUGCAGAUCGCGACAAGGCGAAUUUGUCUUGGGUAGCUCCAAUUGCAUGGAAUAUUCGGAUCUCGCUAAGGGUGAGUCCGUAUGGGCCCCUAAGAUGAAGAAUAUGCUGUCCAUGUGGAACAGCAAACCACACGACAAGCCCUCUGAACAGGCUAUGGGGGCUCAGCAGGACACCGCUAAGAGCAAUGGAUUUGAAGGGCCGGCUGAACAUGCAUCUGCAGAGAAGUCAGAGGAAGCAGAGGAUUCCAAGGUUCCUGAAGACGACCCUUCUAGUGAGAAACUACCACUGCCGACACCGAAGUCGUCUUCCCCAGUUCCAGACUCUAAGGAGACCAAGGAUGAUGACGCCAAACCGGAUGUAGCGGAAAUUCCUGCUACGACGACUUCGCUGGUAUCUGGAGAAGCCACUCAGUCAGAAACUAAGGAAGUUGGUGCAGAUGAAGAGGCAUUGGAGAAGGUAUCCACUGUCGCUUAG